AUGAGCGAACUCAUACGACGCGCUGUGCUCCUGGCAUUGCUCAUUCGCUUCGCUCGGGGCGAUGAUCCGUUUCUGACUGAUCCGCCAGAUUACAUCAAAGAAUGUAAAAUAGCCGAUAAGAAUUUCGUCAACUGCUCCACGCAAAGCAUUCAGCAGCUCUUCGACAAGCUAAACGAUGGAAUUCCGGGCCUGACAAGCAUCAAAAGCUUUGAUCCAUUCCAUUUGAACCGCAUACGCAUAUCCCAGGGCAACAGCAAUGCCAUCAAUCUGAAAGUCGAGCUGGCCAACAUUAAGAUUUUCGGAUUCGGUCACACCAAAGUGAUUGAGAGCUUGUAA